UAGUUUCAUAAAUAUAUUAUAUUUAAUUAAGAUUAGAGAUGCAGAGCAGCUGACUUAUGAUAGUAGAUAUGAUGCUGAUAGUGUGAUUAGUGAUAGUAGUGAUAGUAGUGAUAGUGAAGAAUGUAAUUAUACAAUUAAGUUAAUUCUUCAAGAUAAUUUUUACUAUGCUACCAAAGAUAAUCUUAUUAAAAAAAGUAUUUAUUUCGAACGCCUUUUUUCUCCACAAUAUUCCAAGAAACCGAUAAAAAAACAUAUUAUUAAUUAUGAUAUUGAUCAAUGGACCUUCAAGAAUUUCAUCUAUUGGAUUAAUGAAGAAAAUCGUGAAUAUUCUAACCGGGGAAUUGGCAAUUUACUUAAACCUUCCAUGCAAAGAUAUCUAGGGAAAAACGUUAAAGAUAUUUUACAUUUCUUAGAUGUGGCUGCACUUUUUAUGGUUGAUGAAUUAAUAGAAGAUAUAACUGAUAUUAUCGUAUUGAAUUGGCUAAAUUCGAAAGAUAUCAUUGAUAUCUGGUGUUUUGCAAAAGAUUUGGCUAUACAGCCAUUGACUGAUAUUUGUUUGUCUGUAUGCUUGGAUUGUUUUAUGGAUUUACCCAUUAAUGAUUUAAUCGAACUACCUGUUAACUAUAUCAAAGAAUUAAUUCAAAAUAAUAACAUUAGGUCAACACAGGAUCACUUGAAUUAUGUAUUGCAGGAAUGGAAAAGUAAUAAUAUGGAUUCAAUGUAUAAUAUCGAAAUAGAUAUUGCCAAGACAAGAAAAAUUGAAUGGACGCAUUAUAUAAUUGGGAUCGAAGAAGAAAUUUCUGGUCGUACAAAAAAAUAUAUUUGUAGAUGGAAAAAUGACCAUUUUACUAGGUUAGGAAAUCUAAAGCGUUUCAAAGCUAAUGAAAAAGACUUAGAAGGUUACCGAAUUGCUGGCAGAGGAUUUAGUAUAUAUCUUGGUGGUGGAGAGUUCGGUAUAGGAAGUGGUCAAUUUAAUGAAACUAUUUUUCGAUAUUGCCUUAUAGCUAAAAAAUGGUAUUAUUUUUCAAGUAUUCUUUUCCCAACAAGACACAUGGUUUUUGGAUUUAUAGAUAAUACUUUAAUUGUAGCAGGUGGUGUAUCACGUCAUCGUAUAAAAAUACCGAAAGUUCAAAUGUUGAACAUACAUACAGGCCAAUGGAGACGAAGUACAAAUAUACCUGAAUGUUUUUCAACCGUUCCUCCUCAUACUUUCGUGAAUAAAAAAUUGUUUUUGUUGCAAACUGACCUUAACAUAUUCGAUUAUAAACAUGAAACAUGGAAGAUUAUUUCUUUAAAUAAUAUUACGCAUCCAAGGCCUUUUUGUUUAGAAUUUGGAAUAAUAAUAUUUGUAAUCAAAAAUAAUGAAACAAUUUUGCAUAAAAUUGGUAAUGUACAAAGUACAUUAUGUAAACGUUGCAUAAAAUUGUAUAAGGAUCAUACAGUCACAGUGGUUCGUGUUAUGAAUCAUGAAUGUCUAUUAGAAGAAAAAAUGAUUCCUGACAUAGGUGCUAUAUCGAUAUUAUGUAAAGUAUGCAAAUGUAGAGAUCCAUUUUUUCGAGGUAAUAAAUUGGCAGGACUAACUUUAUCUCCUAGGGAUGGAAUUUUUUGUACAAUUAAUCCAAGUACAUUGCACUGUAGUAUACCCACAUGAGGUAAUUUAUAAUAUACUUUUUUAUUAUAAUUCAUACUUAAACACCUUCGGUAAAGUGAUAUUCAUUAUCAAGGAAUAUUAAAAGAUAGAAAGUAUUAUUAGAAAUAUUCACAAAUAAAAAUAAAUUUUAAUUGUAUUUUUUAAUCAUAAGUUUUUUAUUUAUCAUAAAUUUUGUAAUAGAAGCAGUCUUCAAACAAGUAUAACACGAUAGUGCGUUCAAUUAUGUGGAAUAGAGUAGUACGCUUUGGCAAUGCCGUUACAAGUUCAUGCAUUCCGAUAAAAUAUUUUUGUUUUUAAGAUGACUAGAGGAUGCUGGCUAUUUUAUCAGAAUUAA